AAAAAAUCAAUAAUGAAUAAAAAUCCUCAUUAUUCUGGAAAUUGGGGGGGGGGCGCACUGGUUAAUCACAGCUGCGCGUCACGUGGUCGCGCUCCCAGAGUCCCGCGCUCUGGCUCCACUCGCUUCCAGUUGAGUCGGAGCGCAGACGCGCACUUCGACCGGCCCGGGAAGAUGAGCGGCAGCAGGCGUUCUCUGAGGCGGGUGGCACUUUUCCGAGGAUCCCUCUUAUAAACCAGUGAGGUUUUUUUCUGCUGGGGAGGGCGCGGGGGGGUCUGAUGUUUGUCCUACGAGUGUCAUUGAGGAGAGGAUGCGUCUGCUCGUUUGUGCGACUUUACUCGGAGUCUUUCUGGACGCAGGAAUCGCCCUUCAGAUCCAGUGCUACCAGUGUGAGGAGAUAAAUCAAAAUGACUGCUCCACGCCCGAAUAUAUCGUCAACUGUACGGUCAACGUGCAGGACACGUGUCAGAAGGAGGUGUUGGUCAAACCUGAUGGAAUACACUACCGGAAGUCCUGCGCGUCCUCCGGAGCCUGCCUUAUCGCCUCGUCCGGGUACCAGCAGUUCUGCACCGGCAAGCUGAACUCGGUCUGCAUCACCUGCUGCAGCACGCCGCUCUGCAACGGGCCCAAGAGGAGGCGGCCCGUGCCGUCGGCGGCGACGUGGACGCGCCCCGCCCCGCUCCUCCUGCCGGCCCUGAUGCUCCUCUGUCCGGCAUAAACCACAUCUUUGCUUUCUGGGCUUGACUUUAGCUUUUGGGUAGUUUUCAGAUUCACUCCUUUUGUACUUUAGUUGUAGGUCCGGCUUGUUCUUGUGCUCAGAUUUAAAGAUUUUUUUGGAUCCGUUUUUGUUACAAAGUAUUUCUUUGUUCCGGUUUGUGGAUACGAAGCUUUUAAUUUGCGUCAAAAAUGCUUUAAAAUAUGCAGGUGUGAUUUUGUUGUUGCUCUGAAAAAGGGGCGGAGCUACUGGGGGGCCAGCUGCAGCAAAAACUCAAAUUCUUGAGCCAAUAUUAGUCCAAUUAUUGACCAAUAUUAAGAAAUCAUGAAUACAAGCUUCUUUAAGCAAAAUGAAACUGUUAAGCUACAUUCACAUCGGACGUGACCGAGAUGUCAAAUUUGCAUUUGAUGCUCUGGCGCCCCGGCCACGGACCAACCGCCAAUGAGCCUCAUUCACUGACCACAUCAUGGAAAACAUGGAUAAUGUUGAGUGAGUAGCUUGAGUUUAUAUGUUUUGGAGAGUUCUACAGAGACUCCUGCAAGCACGUCGCCUUGUCUGGGUUCACCGGAUCUUUCAGUGUCUCCCGAUGGCCGUUUUAAACGUUACUUCCAUCCGUCAGUGGCACAGUUUCGGCAUUAACCCAAAAGAUGUAAAUAUAGACUUUUUAUUAUUGUUUUCAUGACAAUAAAAAAACAUCUUAACCCCGUGGAGCUUUAGCGAUUGGGCCCGCUAUGUCGGCACUCUCCGUCAAACGCCGGCGGGCCAGCGUAGAGAGUUCCACUACCCAGGGACCAGCAGCCUUGACAGUAGACCUCUCUAGCUCUGUGGGUGCCUGGGCGGGUGGUGCUCGCUUUCUCUGCCAGAGCCUGAGUAACAGAACUAGCUAGCUAGCUAUGCUGUCCACCGGGCAGCUGGCUAGCAUAGCAGUCAUUCCAGCUCCAUGGGCUCAUUGCGCUGGCUGUACAGGGAUCAACAGCCUUGGUAGUAGGCCUCGCUAGAUCUGCCAGAGCCUUGGCAGCAUAACUAGCUAGCUAGCUAUACUGUCCACUGGGUGGCUGGCUAGCUACCAACUGCUCCAGCACCAUGCGGUCUAUGCCCAGGCUGCACAGGAACCGGAAGCCUUAGUAGUACUGUAGACCUCACUAGCUCUGUCAGGGGCCAAGGCAGCUAGCUUGCUGCACUGUCUACCAGGCGGCAGGCUAGCAAAGUGGACGUUCCAGCUCCAUGGGCUUGGGCAGAGUAGCUAGCUAGUUCUGCCAGAAAACUGGCAGUGGAACUGACCAGCUUCCCUCUUUGUCUACCAAGUAGUUUGCUGGCGUAGCAGUCGCUCCAGCUCCGUGGGCUCUAAACCCAGGCUGUACAGGAACCAGCAGCCUUAGCACUAGACCUCGCUUGUUCUGCCUGGAGCCAGGACAGCAGAUAUCACUUCUUUUUCUUGCAGAGUCUGAGUGGUGGAACUUGCUAGUUCGCUACUGUCUAGUAUAGUGGUCACUCCAGCUGCAUAGGGUCAUUGCCCAGACUACACAGGAACUGGCAGCCUUGGCAGUAGACCUCACUAGCUCUGGUGGAUCCCUGGGUUGUAGCACUUGCUUCCUCUUUUGGGAGCAGAUGUUCUGGCGGAGUCUGGGUAGUGGAACUCGUAAGCUGUCUACCAGGCGGCUGCCUAGUGUAGCAGUCACUUCAACCCAUGAGCUCCGUGAUAGGCUUGCAACCUGACCAAGGUGUAUCCCGCCAUUGUCCAACAUAACUGGUAGUUUUCGGUAACCCCGAGGCCCCAGCGGGUUAAGAAAACGGAUGGAGGUUCAGGUCAAAAAUUCUCGCAUUGAGCGACCAUAUUGAAUUUAUUUUUCUACCCUUUUAUCUAAUCACGGAAAAUUUCGCGUGUCCAAAGCUGAGUCCCUGAUUGGUUGAUUGGUUGGCGCACUGUAGACCCAUCUGGGGCCGACGCCGAAAUCGCGUCUGUACAUUGACUGAACAUUGAAACUUGAGCUGCGUCCGAUGUGAAUGCACCUUUAGAAAUAUGCAUUUCAUUUGUAACCCUAACCCUUCCACUCUGCUGCUCUAAAGUCUAUUGCUCCCCCCAUAUAGAAUGUUCUAGCUCCGCCUCCAAUCUGAAAAUAUUUAUUAUAUAAUUUUUGUUAGAUUUAAUCCAAAAACAGGCUUUGAAAAUGCUUUUUUAUGCAUAUUACUGCUAACUCCUACACAGUAUUGAUUAUUUCACUGAAGGGAAUAUGAGAGAUACUGAAAUAAUGUUGGAAGGUUCCAUCAGAUUUAUUGUUUUUUUUAUGCUCGGUCAUAAAACUGAAAUGAUUCUGUCAUGUAGGUUGAAAAACUCACAAAGGGCGUUUUUACGACACCUUAAUAUUAUAUUAUUUUGUGGAAUGAGAUAUUGAACGGAUGGUAAAGGAGAGCUUUUUUUUUAAUGUGAAAACAAGCUAAGCACAAAUAAAUUUGCACUGGAGAGCUGCUUCAUUUUAUUAUUAUUAUUUUUUUCACAUUUAGUUACGCCUCCAAACUGGCCCAAAAAAACAUAAUUAAUGGUGUUUUCACAUUCAGAUCAACACUUUAAAACAUUUGCAUUUUGGGUUUUACUUAUUGAUUGCUUUAUAAUUGCUUCUCAGGAUGUAGAGUUUAUAAUUUAUGUUGAAUUAAAUAGACACGACACUCUCUCACAUUGAUGUUUUAACUGCAGCUUUUUUUGUUUUUUGGCAAAGAAGAACAAAUUGAGUAUAGAUUGGUAUUCUACUUGGGUUUGCAUUGAGUUUAGGGAAUAUUUGUGACAGAUUUGUUGAAUAUUUGUUUAAUUUAUUAGUCUUGGGUGAAGAGUUCUUGUGUUCUGCUGAUGUGAUAUAAAUAAAUGUUGCAGAAAAGUGAAGACUUUCAUGAAUUCAUCAUAAACUACAGUUGGAAAAUUAA